AUGGAACUCCAUGCGUCAGCAAACGAAAACAACAAUAUCGACCCGAUUUCCAGCGAUAGUUCACAACAAAAUAACGUCAACACUACAACUGAAAAUGAACUUGCGAGUGAUGACGAGAGCAAUGAAUCCACCAAUACAAAAGACGAAGCCGAUUCAAUUUUGUCAGAUGACUCUGAUGUAUCAUCAUAUUUCCCGAACGAUCACAAUGAAGAAGUUGAUAGUUCAAUAAAUAACAUUAAAAAGUCAUUUUUAAUGUUUAUUUUACAACUACGUGAUGAUUUCUUGCUACCCAAAAACGUAACAAACAUUAUUUCAACAUAUAUUGCUUCAUUAAUUAAUCGCAUUGAAAUAUUAUAG